AUGCCCUCGGUGCUGUGCUUCGCAGGCCUUGGAGGAUCUGUUGGAGAAGAACCAUGCCAGGGAUGGAUGCUGAGCCGUUGCUGCUUGUGGCUAACAGAACACUUCCAUCUGCAGUCAGAAUCUCUGAUAAAACCCCUAAUGCAAACGAUUUCACACCAGCACUACAGAGUCCGUGUUGAUGUGAUUCAGGCCACUGGAGCAGUGAUACAGUUUGGAAAUGGAAAGUCUGUGGAUGAUGUUCUCUCUCAUCUGGCCCAGAGAUUAUUUGACGAGAUUCCCAAGGUUCGGCACGCUCUAACAGCCGUCGUUGGAGAAUGGCUGUUGCACCUAAAAGACAGAUACUCCUAUUUCCACAAGUUGAUCCCUCUGUUACUUGGCAGCUUUGCUGAUGAAAUUCCUGAAAACACAAAACUGGCUCAGACUUAUUGGGAAGAGAUAGGCUUGCAGUGGGAGAAGGAGAAUGAAGAAGAUCUGAAGGAUAAGAUGGAUUUUAGUGUUUCACCAGCUCAUUAUCCCAAAGGAGUGACUCGACCAGGACUAGGUUGUCGGGAACUUGUGUCAAGAAACCUCUCCAAAAUUCUUCCAGGUCUCUGUCAUGAUAUAACAGACUGGGUUGAAAGCACAAGAAUAAAAGCCUCCCAGCUUCUCUAUACAUUAUUGCUGCAUGCAGAGGAUCACAUAACACAACACAUGGAGCUACUGCUUAGAACUUUGUACCAAGCAUGCUUGGAUGAAGAAACUGAAGUGGUUAAAAAUUGUGUGAAAGCAGCAGAAUUGAUUGGAACAUUUGUCAGCCCCAAGGUGUCUGUGAAAUUGAUCACAUCAGCCUUUGAGAAGACACCUAAGGCAUCUUGUAUAAUGGUUCUAACUGCAGUGAUUCGAGGUAGCCCAAAAGAAAUCUUACAGCCUCAUUUGACUCAUCUUGGCAACACACUGUCACAAGCUGAAGUCUGUGAACGAUCUGAGGAGGUCUUCUAUGUGGAGCAGUUGCUUUAUUGUGUGCAAGCAUUGAUUGAAGUAUGCCAGGAAGACUGCAAAGAAAUUAGUUUACAACUAAUGAAAAUUUUGGUAACAAUAAUGGCAAUACCAAGUUCUCAGCACCUUAAAGAAAAGGUAGAGGCAACAAUGUCUUCAUUAGCUGAAGCGCAGGGACUGGAUAGUUUUCUUUGCCUCUACAAACAGCAUAUAUUUCAGCUUCUGGAGGGGGUUUCAGUAUCCUGUGAUUCUUGGACAUGCUAUUCUCCAGAAAUAUUACAGUUAGAGGUCAUCGCAACUCAUUCAGGUCCUGUCAUAGGUGGAGCUCUAAAUAACCUUAUGCUCAUUCUUAAGACGUGUCUUCAGCCAAACAAAGAUCCCCAGAUGCGGUUAAAACUUUUCACUGUUUUAUCCCAGUUGCUCCAGAGAGCAAAUGAAACUGUCAAUUCUCAGGGGCUGUUCCCUAGCUACCUUGAGACUGUGAUAAAAGACAUCCUGGCUCCUAAUCUGCUGUGGCAUGCUGGAAGAACAGCAGCUGCCAUCCGCACUACAGCUGUAUCGUGCCUUUGGGCUCUUAUUCACUGUGAAAUGCUUUCACCAGAAGAGGUCUUAAAAGUCAAAGAUGGGCUAAUGCCCCAAAUUAUUGCUGCCUUGGAUGAAGACUCUAAAAUUGCUCGACUGAUGGCUUGUCGUAUCAUUGGUGUUGUUUUAAAAGUCUGUGGGAGGCAGUUUGAUGAAGAUAAAUUUAAAAACACUUACACAGAAGUUUUAAAGCGAUUGGAUGAUGCUUCAUGUGACGUACGACUGGCAGCUGCUCACACCUUAACCAACUGGUUUCAGUGUCUAAAGGACAGUGACAUGAAGUCCUCAAUGGAAAGUCACAUUGAGUUUCUGUACCAAGAACUGCUGAUACAUCUCGAUGACCCAGAUCAAAAUACCCAAAAUGCAGUCCUAGAAGUUUUAAAAGAAGGAAGCGUUCUAUAUCCAGAACUGCUUGUGAAAGAAAUUGGAGGGGUUGUACAUAAGCAUCGAACACCAGCCUACUGUAAUCAGCUGCUGCAUCACAUCCAGUCAGCCAGAGGACCGGCUUUGUGA